AUGUCGUCACUCUCAAGAGCUUUCACGACCCGCCGGGUGAAGCAGAGCAUCGAUCUCUCUGACGCCGCUCGCGGGAAGGAGCGCAGCAACAACUUCAUCUCGCGAAGCAAGACCACCAAGGCGCCUUCCAGAGCAAAGAUCUCUGCUCCCAUGGAGCUUGUCCACACUACCAACAUGCUUUCCUACAACGCUCCUGAUAUCCGUCCCCGAACCACUUCGUCAAGCAACUCGUCAACCAAGUCGUCAGAGGAGGACUCUGAGGGUGCUCACACUGCUGCCUCGUCGCCCCCGACCAGCCCCGACGUUGCGCCUCACGAACGCUCCUCGUCUCCCGAGCCGAACCACUUGUCCUGCUACUUUGUCGCCCCGAACCAUGCCGUCAACCCCGCCACGAUUCCUGAGGUCCCCAAGAUCCCCAGGCGUGCGCCUUCGCACACGAAACAGGCCUCUUUCGAUGCCAUGGCACGCCAGCGCUCCAUGUCCAGCCUGUCCAAGGCCUCUGACAAGACUGUCUCGACAAAGGCGAGCAUGACGUUCUCCUCUCGCGCGUCAUCAGGCUCAAGCGCAGCAUCUACCAUGUCUCACAACUCGGUCGUCGCCGCUCCCAAGACUCCCAAGACUCCUGUACCGCCCAUGCCAAGCCCCGCAUUCCACCACCAGCAGCAGCAGCAGAAGCAGCAGCAGCAGCCCAGACAAGAAAAGCCGGUCGAGUCGCAUCCCUUUGGCCGUGAGCUGGCCCAGGUUACGGAGAUUGCGGAGGAGUUUGGCAUCAAGGACCGCGUCAUGGAUGAGGAGGAGCGCGUCCUCAAGGCUCAAGGUCUCUGCAAGUUCGCCGCCGAGGACUACCUUUCCGAAGUCCAGAGCCUUUUCAACAGCUUUUUCCACGACAAGCCCGCCAGCCACAGCCACGCGCCCCAACGAGCAAUGGCUGCCGCGUGGAUCUGA